AUCGAAAUCUUUGCUGCUWSAUGUUUCUUGCUUUCAACAAGUCAACCGCUUCUGAAUAAGUUUAGGGAAAUUCACGAUCGAUAUGGCUGUGGACUUAUUUCGAUGCACUUCYCAUAUUCCUUCUUUUAUCUUAUCGAUAUAGUACGUUCGACAAAAUGUCGCGCCACGGUGAUGUAAGUCCUAGGGCUCGAUGCUAGUGUCCCGAUGGUGUUUCUACGAACAAGUUUUCUCAAGAAGAGCAGUGUCGAGAAUGCAUCGAAGCUAAUGCGAAAUGUCACGUUUCUGUUCCAUCUGAUUUCAUUUUUUGUCUCCAACCAUUAAGAUCUCAAGUUCGCMGGACACAGUGGGAUGCUGUGUCUUUCAAUAUCCCAUGCCGCGGUUGCAUACCAACGAAGAGGUCAUUGCCAAUGCUGAAAAGAUUUGCGAAAUUGUSAAAGGGGUAAAAAAGGGUUUGCCCGGUAUGGUGAGUCAGAUCAAAGAAGGUUCGGAGAAAUCGUAAAUUCGUUUGARAAACMAAAGGAUUCGAAUGAUCACUUCUCACCUUAAUCAUUGCCAUUUCAGGACUUGAUUGUCUUUCCAGAAUAUUCUACGAUGGUAAGUCUGGCUAUUUCAUCUGGUCGUUCACUGUUUUGACUUUUGAAUCACCGUCRCCGUCUCAAAAUGAUGUAUGUUUACUUAGGGCAUUAUGUACGACAGGCAGGAAAUGUUUGAUACGGCAUGUACUAUUCCUGGACCACUGACAGACAUGUUUGGUGAAGCAUGUAAGGAGGCGGGUUGCUGGGGCGUAUUUUCGUUGACAGGCGAGCAGCAUGAGGAUCACCCAAACAAGAACCCUUACAAUACUCUGGUUUUGAUCAACGAUGAGGGCGAAAUCGUUCAAAAGUACCGCAAACUCUUGCCUUGGACCCCAAUAGAAGGAUGGACACCCGGUAAUUUGGGAACAAUCGUAACAGAAGGUCCAAAAGGUAUGAAGGUGUCGAUGAUCAUUUGCGACGAUGGGAAUUAUCCAGAAAUCUGGAGAGACUGUGCCAUGAAAGGAGCAGAGUUGAUCAUCCGCCCUCAGGGGUACAUGUAAGUCGUGCUGUCUGCUCUAUGUUACGAAUAGAUCAUUUUUUGAUCCUAUUUGCAGAGAAACCAAGAACUGAAAGCAAGAACUGAUUUACGUUUUUAUCUGUCUGAACGGUUAAAUAGGUAUCCUGCAAAGGAGCAGCAAGUGCAGGUCAGUAAGACAAUGGCAUGGUGCAACCAGGUUUAUGUUGCAGUAGCUAAUGCAUCCGGAUUCGAUGGCGUCUACACAUAUUUUGUAAGUGGAAAUGAGAGAUAUUGUUGUUCAAUACUUUAUCGGGAAAAUAGGAUGGAACUGACACGCAUAUCUUUAACUUUUCUCAUUAUUGAUUCGAUGCAGGGACAUUCUGCUAUUAUCGGAAUGGAUGGACGAACUCUCGGCGAAUGCGCCACAGAGGACAACGGAAUUCAAUUUGCGCAAUUAUCUAUCUCCGGAAUCCGGGAUGCCCGUGCGAAUGAUCAAUCCCAAAACCAACUCUUCAAGCUCACCCAUAGGGGUUACACCGGUGUCUAUGCCAAUGGUGACGGAGAGAAGGGCGUCGCCGAAUGUCCUUUUGAUUUUUACCACACGUGGGUGAACGAUCCAUUGAAGGCACAGCAAAUGGCAGAAAAGGUUACACGAUCCACCAUUGGUGUGACGUGUUGUCCUGUUGCAGGCAUCCCCCCACCUCGUGAAGAGGAGGAUGAAGAAUUGGCUCUUGAACACGAGCUUAAUCUUCAAUAGACUCUUUGCGAGAUAGUAUGCAAAGCAAGCUCCUAUUAAAUUUGCUUUUUGUCUGCAUUGUUUACGGUUUCAAACGAAGGAUGUUUUGGUGGUUUGUGAGAAUGUAUUAUUUUAAGUCACUUUGUCUGGACGCGCCUCCACAACCACUUCUUGGAGGGAGRCRCCGCCCCCUGGGGCAGCYAGGAGCAUUYUUCUCACCCAAAGUUAUGGUUCUGGCCAUAUAKUGCCUCUUCUAGUUCACGAAGUCAAAUAUAAUAUCAAGAUUUUUUUUAAAAUUUCAUGUCGCUUCGUCACGUCAUGUCUAGUACUGUACAGUACAMGUGCUUCUUUCCGAUGCGGCAUCUGGUCGGAUUGAAGGAACAUAAACGUUAACCCGAUUU